AUGUACGACGAAUAUCUCUCUAGUCAUUAUCCGUUGUAUUUGAAAGACUUUUUCGCCAAGCCGAAGAAUAUAUCAGCGAAACAAGUUCCUCUUCCCAAGCCGUCCCGUCCAUACAGCAUCCGCACCGGAAUCAGAAACAUCUUUGCCGAGUACUGUUCGAGCAGUUCUAUCCAUGGAGUGACCUACAUUGGAUCGUACGAGCGAACACCCUGGGAACGCUUCUGGUGGAUUCUGAUGGUGGGCCUCUCGCUGUACGGUUGCGUUGCGCUCAUCGGGAACAUCUACUUCAAGUGGGAACACAAACCGGUAAUCCUCAGCUUUAACGAGGAACCUAUCUCGGUUUGGGAGAUACCGUUUCCUGCUAUCACGAUCUGUCCGGAAUCGAAAUUCCGUCCUGAGAGUAUAAAUUUCACUCUUGUGAGCGAUCAGAUUUUCGAUUUAGACGAUACUGAACUGAACGAGGAUGAAAUUCAGACCAUGCUGAGUUUGCUACAAGUCUGUGAUCGGAUGUAUUCACAUGGUCGCUACCAGAAUAUUUUAAAGAGGUAUAAACUGAAGCAAAACGUCGUUGACAAACUUUAUGAAAUAUGUCCUGGGAAUAGUAAAGACAUGAUCAUUCAAUGUCGGAUGAGCAUCUACCCGUGCGAAGGCUCAUUCAGAGAAACCGUUACGGAUGAAGGUAUUUGCUACACAUAUAACCUGAUUCCAGAACGAGAGAUGUUUCGGAAAGACCACCUACAUAAGGACUACGAAUAUUACAAGAGUCUACAUGCUCACUCUAAUUGGUCCUUGGAUGAAGGCUAUAAACCGAACGCCGCUCUGAGAACUUUUCCAAGUAGAGUUUACGGUUCGGGGUUUGAAGCAGGUCUUUACAUGCAGCUGCGAAUGCCCAAAACUUACGACGAAUACCACUGCCGGGAAGCGUUGGGAUUCAAAGUCCUACUACACUCUCCAGCAGAGUUCCCGGUCAUCUCCCGGAAGUUUAUUCGACUAACGUACAAUCAUGAAGUGACCAUGGCUCUUAAACCACAGAUCACCUCAAUAUCCAACUCCCUGCGCAGCUACAGCCCUUUUCGUAGACAAUGCUUCUUCAGCUACGAACGCAAACUGGAGUUCUUCGCGGUGUACAAUCAGGCCAACUGUGAGCUGGAAUGCCUCACCAAUCAUACCCUGAAGUUGUGCGGCUGUGUUCGGUUCUCGAUGCCCUACAGCACGGGUACGAAAAUCUGCGAAACGUCCCAGCUGGAGUGUGCCAUCCAGGCGGAAAAUGAAAUCCAACUGCUGGUCGCCACGGAAGGCAUCCAGAAGAACAGUUCAACCAGCGAUCACUGCCUGUGUCUACCGGCAUGCAACUCGAUCGAGUACGAUUCGGAACUAACGCAGACGAAGUACGACCACGCCCGGUCGUUCCAGUUGCGCUACAGGUCACAGGUUCCCGACGAUCUGCUGGAAAAAGUCGUCAACAACAACUUUGCCAAGCUGGCGAUCUACUUCAAGCAGGCACAGUACAUGGCUCUGAAGCGGAGCGAGCUGUUCGGGUGGACGGAUUUCAUUGCCAACUGUGGCGGUGUGUUGGGUUUGUGCAUGGGCGUCAGUCUGCUGAGUUUGGCCGAGCUGCUGUACUAUUGUGUGGUACGCCCAGUACUGCUGAUUCGUGAAUAUAGCAAACGAGGUAGUGGAAAUGCUAUCAUGGAUGUACAACCUACAACUUUGGUGGGAUAA